AUGUGUUUAGACGCAAAGGCUCCUCAUCUUUCAUCGACUUUGCCACCCACUUUGCCUUGGAAGUUCAAUAAACCUGUACAGCCUAAUAAAGGACUAACCCGCCAAGGCAAUGGGCACUCAGAAGAGCUACAUUGUGUCAUUGUUGUUAUUCGACAUGGCGAUCUAACUCCAAAACAGAAGGUGAAACUAAAUGUUACAGAGGAGAAACUGUUAAACCUGAUGCUGAAGUACAAUGGUGGAAAGCCAGGAGCUGAGACAAAACUAAAAAGUGCAUUCCAAUUGCAAGACCUAUUAGAUGCAACAAGAAUGUUAGUUCCUCGUACAAGACCAGGUCGUGAGAGUGAUAGUGAUCCAGAAGACCUUGAACAUGCUGAGAAGCUGCGCCAAGUUAAAGCAGUUCUUGAAGAGGGAGGAAAUUUCUUAGGGAUAUACAGGAAGGUUCAACUGAAGCCGCUGAAGUGGGAUGGUGAAGGCGAAGAAGAAAGACCUGUAGAGGCCCUUAUGAUUCUUAAAUACGGCGGUAUUCUAACUCACGCUGGUAGAAAACAGGGGUUUACAUACUGUACCAUUUAA